UUCAUUUCGUCUUUGAUUUUUCAAUUUUCCGGUUGAAUUCAAGGUCUGGUACCACCUUCGGAACGGCUGCGAUCGGCGAUAACAAUAGGCGGCGGGGGCGAAAUGAAACAGCCGCUAGUGGCUGCCGCAUCGCACUUCAAUAGGGAAGUGUAAAAUGUUCAAUAAGUUAUCGAAGCGUGGCUUUUGCACGGCAAUAUCAUCACGGCCUUGGCUUUUUGUGGGCUUGGGCAAUCCUGGAGAGAAGUUCAGAGGAACCAGGCACAAUGUAGGGUUUGAGAUGAUUGAUGUGUUUGCUGAGUCUGUUGGAAUUCCAAUGAACAGGAUUCACUGCAAAGCUGUGUUUGGUGAAGGUUUUGUUGGGGACAUCCCUGUUUUUCUGGCAAAGCCUCAAACUUACAUGAACUUGAGUGGUGAAUCUGCAGGACCGCUCGCAGCAUAUUACAAGCUACCUCUAAACCGUGUGCUCGUGUUCCAUGAUGACAUGAACUUGCCAUGUGGGGUGCUUCGGCUUCGACAUAAUGGAGGGAACGACUCCCACAACGGGCUGAAGAGUGUCAUUUAUCACUUUCGAGGGAACCGAGAGUUUGCUAGGUUCAGAAUUGGCAUUGGAAGGCCACCUGGUCAAAUGGAUCCCAAAGCGUUCUUGCUUCAAAAGUUCAAUAACACAGCUCAAGAACGAAUUGAUACUGCAUUGCAAGAGGGGGUCGGUGCAUUGAAGCUCCUAUUGUCUCACGGUUUAUCCGAGACUGCGAGACGUUUCAACCACGAACAGAAAUACAAGCAUAUAAGGCUACAGACCAUGCCAACAUGAUGAGCCUACUAUGCGUAUUUCCAUUGCUAAUGAAACAUACAAAUUCUACCAAGUACUCAAAGGGAAGGGGAGCACAGAGGCAGAGUGGAUGGGCUCCUGAAGGUACAAUGACUUUGUGUUCUAAGAUAUUGGGCCAGAAAUGGAGAAUUUAGAGGACGUUUUGAGAUAUCCUGUCUCUAUAUGUAAUUAUUUUAUGCUUACAACUGAUAAACUUUAUAAGCUUAGGUACUUGAAAAAUUGCCUCAUGAUUAAUUUAUAUUUAUAGAAGUGGAGCCGAUUGUUUAUGUA